AUGAAGCGCCUUCUUCUGGGCUUCGUCAUUGUCCUGCUUCUGGCCUUGGGCCCCCCAGUGAACUGUGAGUUACGACAGUGCUGGAAAGGUGCUGGGACCUGCAGAACCUUCUGCACCCGGAAGGAAGUUUUCCUCCACUUCUGCAAAGACAACUCCAUGUGCUGCGCCUAUUCCUUCAUGAUGAGGAAGCCCCAGCCUGAGCCUAAGCCUAAGCCUGAGAAUAGCUAG